AAUUAAAAUAAACUAAAGUGGAAGGCAUAGGUUAAAUUAGAAAUUUAGUUCCAAUAUUAAAUAUAGAUGAAAAAAGAAAAGCAAUCACAGAUGAACCAACACAAAGCCAUAAGAACCUCAACAAAAACCCCUCGCUUUUGUCAACUUCACUUUUCUCUUCCCCCAUUUUUUUUAUUUUCUUCUUUCUCACCCAAACUUACAAUUAUUCUUCCACUUUUACACCCUAAAAACACACACCUUCCAAUUUUCAUCUCUGUUUUUCCACAAUUUCCCCUGUUUCCUUUCUUCUGCUUCUUCGUCUUCUUCGUCUUCUUCCUAAUGAGGAGAAGCAUUGCUACUUGUUACAGUGAACAUGCCGUUAAAGUCUCCGAUUCUUAUUGCUCUGGCCCUUCUCCUAAUCCCCAUGUCUUCUCCAAAUUCCCUUCUUCUAAUUCCCCUCUCUCUGUUUCUUCCAUUUACAGAGCAAAGCUUUCCGCUUCAAAUGAUCUUCUUAUUCUUCUCCAUUGGACUGCUAAAGAUUUGGGUCAAUCCUUUAAAAUCAAGAUCAAUUCAAUUUCCCUUCCCAUUCUCACUACCAAGGGUCUCAAAUCGUUCAAAUUCGAUCACAAUUCCGAGAUUUCGGUCUUUUGGGAUAUCUCCGAUGCCCGAUUCGAUCCUGGGCCAGACCCGAGUUCUGGGUUUUACAUAGCCGUCACGGUGGAUUCCGAAAUUGCGUUGCUGAUGGGUGAUGAGAGGGAUAAAUUGGUGAAACUGGGAGUUCUGAAAGAGAAUACGGAUACCCAAUUGUUGAAAUUCUCCCUGGUUUCUAGGAAGGAGGAUUUUUGUGGUGACGAUUCUGUUUUCUUGACGAAGGCUAGAUUCUCGGACGAGGGUGGGGUUCAUGAGAUUGUGGUAAAGUGCGGGGGCGGAGGAGAGGAAAUGAGGAACCAGAGAUUGGCGGUGUUUAUUGAUAAGAAACAGGUAUUUGAAGUGAAGAGGUUGAAGUGGAAUUUUCGAGGGAAUCAAACGAUAUUUUUAGAUGGGUCGGUGGUUGAUAUGAUGUGGGAUGUAUACGAUUGGCUAUUCCGACCGGAGUCUGCGGCGGGGGCGGCGUUCAUGUUCAGGAAGAGAAGUGGAUUGGACAGUCGGCUGUGGCUGGAGGAGAAGACGAAACAAGAAAAGCCUGGCUUCUCUUUGUUGAUUCGAGCUUGGAAAUUUGUUCAAUGUUCUUUUCUUUCAACAUGGGAUGUUUGGGGUUUUUCACCUAUUGUAACUUGUAUAUAUUCUAAUCAUGAACAAAAUAUGUAAAUUUGAAGGCACAUGUAUGAGUUUAAUUGUCUCUCUUUUGUAUUUUUCUUUUUCUAUUUGAGUUAUGAUCAUGUUAUUUGUGUUGAAUUAAGUAAACUAUUGUAGUUCUCUCAAUGUAUUGACAUCUCCUUAUAAUA